UGUUCAAAGGCAGAAGAAAAUGAUGUCACAUUUCGAUCCUCAUUCCUGUUAUUUGUGUCUACAUUAUGGAUGCCAACUGUAGUUUAAAGCAAAGAGUGCUUAUUAGAGUAAAUAGGUUAAUGUUAAAGACGGAGGACAAGAAGAAAACAGCGUGUGUAGUGAUGCAACACUAUGGAUGCCAACUGCUGUAAAAAACAAAAUCCCCGAGAAUAUUUUUCAUUACCAAUUGGUGUUGUAUUUAUUUACAAUAAAAGUAUCAGUAGUAUCCAUACCAUGAAAUAACACAAUGGUUACAUGUAAACAGGAAAUCCCACAGGAUUGUGGAGACACUCACCUCCAGCAUGUUGAAAGUGAGGGACAAAAGUGUGCAAAUGUCUGUUCAGUGUGUGGUCAAACAGCAGCCACGAAACAACCCAGCGGCAGCUCCAGUGAGCAAAUCCACGAUGUCAGUUACCAGGAAAUGCAACACUCCUAUAAGGAGCUCGAAGCAACCAAUAAAGAUGUGAAAAAUCUAAACAGGUACCUGGAAAAAGAAGUACAGAGGUGUCACACCAAACUCCACGCUUAUAUUGCUUUGGAGAAAAAAAAGAGGUUGGCUGAAGAGAAGCAUCAACUUUUAAUACAGCGUAACAGUUGUCUCCAACAGAAAAUCAUCGAAACUGUGAAGAAACUUUGUGAUUACACAGCUUUGGAAGACGUUUACGAAUCUGUUAAGACGGAAAACAAAACCCUGAGUCAGACUAAGUUCAUACUGUACCAGCAGGUUCACGAAGUACAUAAGACACUCUUCAAGCAAAAUCACCUGGAAGAGAAAAUUAAAAAAAGACAAGAGGAGAACGAAGCUCUCAUUUUGGAUAAUAUCAACCUCCAACGACAGGUUGAGGAUUUGACGGAAAAACUAAGAGAUACUAAAGGGAUAGUGGGAAAUUACGAGGCACUGGAAUCCGCCAUUAAGAACAAGACAGAGUUCAAAUACAGCCUCCAGGGCCGACUUCAGGAUCUGAACGAGCAGUAUGAAAAAGUGAAACCUCAGGUAGAGAAAUGUCAUAAAAUGAAAGCUAAUAUUGAUGCUGUUCAGAAAGAGAAUGAGAUUCUCAUAGAGGAAAUCUGCGAACUGCAAGAUAAGGUCACAUUUGACAAGGCCCUAACGCGGUACUGUGAUGGACUCCUUUUGGCCAAAGUGAACGUUAACAAGGAGAAUCACGAUCUCCAGUACAAAAUUGGGAAGCUCCGCAAAGAGCUUCAGAAUUUUGAAGGUGUGGAAGACAAAUUCAAAGGCACAUCAGAGAGAGAUUUGAUGUGUCGACGCAGGUCUGGACUCAAGAAAAGUUUAAGGACUGAGUUGCGUGCUCAUAAACGAGCCAGCUCAGGUCAUUGACAACAGCCGAGGGUGAGGGCGUGACCAGAUGAGUUCAAAUGCAGAGGUGGAGCAGGACCAAGAUGAAAUGUAACGGAUUCUUACGUGGCUCAGAUCAGGGCAAGCAAGCUAGACCAACUACUGAUGAGAAUUCCACCCAAAACUCGGAGACUUUUUCCCAUGAACUUUCUGUAAUCUGCCAUGAACAGAACGUUGAGUGCAGUUUGGAUUGGAUUAGCACAGUUACAGGCAAGGGCAAGAGUAAUGGAAGUUGUUUUUUUGUUUGUUUGUUUGUUUUAAAGAGAAAAUAAAUGCAUGUGUUUUGCAAAGUCCUUUGUAGCCCUCAGUGCUCAGGUCUUAAAAGGACAAAAUGUUCUUUAU